UACUUGAGGUCGAAAGCGUUAGUGCAGAGCAUUGUUAUAUUGGAGUGUCUGAACAGAUAUCUGGAGGUCAAUUAUCUACUAUUUGUGCACAUCUCAACAUCUCAAACUAAAAGAUAAAAGUUGUAAAAACGCUUGCUGGACCAUAAAAAGAUACUGUGUAAGGCGGAAGGAAGGAACGGAAAGGAGCAUCCCGUGUCCGAGACAUUACAAACGAGUUUGCCGAGCCCGACGAUGACCGCGAACGGGAACAUGCGUCAUUGGUGCAGCGUGUCGCUUCUUUUGGUCGGCGUGGUGACCGUCGCUAGCGGGUUCAGCUUUGGCAGGCCAGCAGCUCAUUCGGCCAGCGGGUACAGCGGGUACUGUGCGCCCAGUUUAUGUCCUCACGGUGGACCGAACGUUGGAUGCAAUCCACCACCGCUGGCUGGCGGUGGACACUGUUACGGGAAGGGAGCGAGUGUGCUGCAGCUGGAUGGGCCCGUUCGGGGGCAGAUACUGCACCUGCACAACCUCUACCGUUCGCAUGUGGCUUCCGGAAAGCAGAGUCCACUACCACCGGCCAGCAACAUGGCGGCGCUCGUCUGGGAUGAGGAGCUAGCGACCCAGGCCGGUCACAAUGCUCGUUCGUGUGUAUUUGCGCACGAUCGGUGCCGUAAUACUCCGCAGUAUCCGUACUCUGGCCAGAAUCUGUCACUGAUGCGGUACUACGGUACGAGCUACACGAUCGAUGAUUUGAUCGCUCGCUUCAUCAACGGUUGGUGGAGUGAAUUCAAGGCAACUCGGCCAGCGUACAUCGAGGCGUUUCCACGAUCACAAACGAAGAAGAUUGGUCACUUUACGCAGAUCGUUAGUGAUCGGACGACGCGGAUCGGAUGUGCGAUGCAAACGUGGGAGGAGGGACUGUGGCGGACGGUGUACUUUGUGUGCAACUACUCGUUCACUAAUAUCGUCGGCCAGCAGGUGUACACGGCCGGGCCGACCGGGGCUCACUGUAGCGCAGGAUUGGAUCCGACCUAUCCGGGCCUUUGCCGACAUACGUGAGCGAGCGGUGAGCUGUUGAACGUUAAUAAAGUAUUUUUUGGUUGAAUU